AUGGCCAAAUCAACGCUCGACAUUAUCGACACAGCCGUCAUCACAGGCGGUGCAGGCGGGAUCGGUCGGGCCAUGGCCGAACGACUCCUCGGACACGGCAAGAAAGUCAUCAUCGUCGGACGCACGGAAUCCAAGUUGAAAAAGACGGCGGCCGAGAUCGGUGCGACGGCCUACUACGUGCUCGACACGGGCAACUCGGACGGCGUGGUGGACAUUGCGGAACGCAUCCUCGCCGCGCACCCCGAGGUGAAUUGCCUCGUCAACAACGCCGGCGUGCAGAGGCCGUUUCAGUUCCCCGGUGUCGGCGAUGGUGGUGGUGGUGCGCAGGAAUACGGAUUCGAUCUCGAAAAGGCCGACCAGGAAAUCGACACCAACAUCCGCGGCGUCAUGCACUUGACGCUACGGUUCCUGCCGCACCUGCUGGACAAGCUGGACGGGGGCGCGGUCAUCAUGAACGUGUCGAGCGUCUUGGGGUUCCUGCCCAGCAGCGUCAUCAACCCGGUGUACAACGGCACCAAGGCCUGGGUACACUUCUUCACGAUGAAUCUGCGCACGCAGUACCGAAACGCCGGGAAGGCGUUGAGGGUCGUGGAGAUCGCGCCACCCACCGUCAGUACAGAGUUGCAUCGCGAACGGACGGACCCAGAAGACAACACGAAGGCGAAGAAUAGGAACGCAAUGAGUGUCGAUGAGUUUAUGGACGAGGUCGAGGCGGGUUGGAGGGAGGGAGCCGAGUUGAUUGCGCCUGGCCCGGCGCGGGAUGUGGUCAAGCCAUGGGUCGACGCGUACGGGGAGAGGUAUGAGAAGGCCACGAGUCCUGCUGUCAAGAAGUGA